GGAAUCACGUUCACAUGGAUGGAUGGAUGGAUGCCAUCUCUCGCAUCGCAUAUUACCCCUCCUCUAUCUUCUUCCUCCUCCGUCCACGGUCCACCUGGCUCUACCUUACCUACCGGAGUAGUACCUCUGUUCCUGCCUCUUCUUCACUUGAGCCGUUUUUUACCACUCCACUUGAGCGUCUGGUAGCACAGACAGACAGCGCAUUCACUCCCAAGCUCCCAGCUCCCAGCCAGGCCAGCCCAUUCAGUUCAUCAGUAGCUGCUGCGAGCUACCACACCGAAUACCCACACAAGGAUACGAUACGAUACGAUACGAUUCCUUCCACACAAAGGGAGCGGCUGCAGCAUUGCUCAGGAGUAGUGGAUCCACUACUCGUACUCGUCCUCUGAUCUGCUUCCGUUCCGGGCAGAGCAGCCAGCCGGCGCCAGGACCAGCAGAACGGCAUGGUGUGGAAGAGCUGGGGCGCUGCGCCGCCGCUGCUGCGCAUUGCUGUGCUGCUUCUCGCUGCUGCGGCGCCGCUCUGCUCCGGCGUCGGCGACGUCGCCCUCAGCUUCUCAGCCACCCCGCGCCGCGUCUCCAGGUCCACGUCCGCCGCCUUCGCCUUCCGAGUCCUGCGCGCCACCACCGGAGGGCCUUGCGCCGACUGCCUCGUCACCUGCCAGUUGGACGGCGAGCCGGCGUCGCCCUGCGGCGGGAGCAACGGGACGACGACGAGCUACACCGGGCUCAAGGACGGGAACCACACCUUCACGGCGUGCGCGAGAACGACGUCAUCAUCGCCGAGCAGCCCCACCUGCGGCACCUACGCUUGGGAUGUUGACACUGUACCCCCGACGGCGUCCGUGUCGGCGGGGCCGACGGCGUUCACGAGCGCGGCCUCCACCGUGUCGGCGCUCGUCUCCUUCUCCGAGCCAUGCCCCGGCCGCGGUGGAUUCGUCUGCAACGCCACCUACUGCAAUCUCAUCGUGUACGGCUCCGGCACUGUGGACCCGUCGACGCUCAAGGUGCUCAGCCCCGGCCUGCGCUACUCCGUCGCCGUCACCAUCUCGCCGGACGCGCAGUACGGCCGCCUCAUCCUCGUCAUGGGCAGGGGCUUCUGCACGGACGCCGCCGGACACCCAUUCACCAGGACGCCCAACUCCACUUUCACCCUGCGCUUCGAUCGAAGGAGUGACUCCAUGAACAUCACCGCCACUGUUCCUGAGAAGAUGCUGCAGAUACAGGGCGUCACCAGGCUGGUUCAGGCCACCAACGAUGACAACAACUUAAGGAUGUACCUCUCCUUCGCUCAGCCGGUGCUCAACUCGUCGGAGCAGAUCCUGAGUGCCCUUACGGCGACGGACGCCGUGCUGACGCCCACCAACAGAAGCACCCUCGGCAAUCGCCGCUUCGGCUAUGUUGUGAACAAGAUGUCCGACACCGCCAUUGUGACCGUUGCCUGUGACACAAGCUCUAUUAUCAGCAGGCAAGGGACUCCGGUGCUUUCAGCAGAGCCAUUCACGUUUCUUUAUGAUACACAGAGACCUUGGGUUAAACUCGGCACAUCGACUCGGCGGACCAGCUCCCGCGACAUCCCGGUCCUGAUCAAGUUUGCCAAGCCUGUGUUCAACUUCAGCUCCUCGGCAGUGCAGGUGUUUGGGGGCAAUGUGUUGAGCUUUCAUGAAGCCAGUAAGAGCAUAUACACGCUGCAGAUACAGGCACUCGAUAAGCUGGUAUCGGUUCAGGUUACCGAGAACGCAGCCCAGGACGUGGCUGGAAACACCAACCUGGCAUCAGACCGUCUUCUAGUGAGGCACUAUUCUGUGCCUGCAUCAUCGUCUUGGAUCGCAGCAGUCACCACUGUCAUAUUUCUGACAACUGCUGCUGCUGCCACGCUCCUCACCAUCUCGACAUCGUCUCUCGUCGCUUCCGGAGCUAUCUCGAGGCCCUCUUCUUACAUGAUCUCAGAGCCAUCAAGAAAUGUCCUGAGGAUGGCGUGCCACAUCCAAAUCUUUGCUCUGUCAAGAUGGCUGUCAGUGAACCUGCCAAUCGAGUACUACGAGUUUGCAAAGGGGAUAGAAUGGAGCAUCCCCUACAUGCGUCUCCCAUGGGAAGGCCCAGCUGCAGAUCCAUUCCUGGGAUACUCCACAAUGCCCGCCAUUGCAUACUCUGAGCUGCUCGAGAGGAGCGCCGUCGGCACUACAAACUUCUCCUAUCCUCGAGUACAAGGUCAGCCGGUGACGCCAACACAGAUCAUCCCGUCAGACCCGGUAUUCCCAACGGAGAUCCCUGAAGAUGGGAAACCCACACCGCCGAUGCAAACUCCGGGAGACGCCACGCCGGUGAUGCCAGUGCAGACCCCGUUGCCGCUGGACGGGAUGCCGCUGUCUGCAAUGGAGUACCGCUCUUUCUUCGAGAACCCGGACAUGAAGCCUGAGGCACAGAUCAUCAUGAAGCUACAAGAUUUGGAUGGGUGGAAGUACUUCGGCAGGAACAUGUUCUGGCUGGGCGUCAUCGGCGGCGGCCUCAUCCUCCUGCAUCUCCUCACCCUCGUCUACUUCAAGCUGAGGUACAGGGACAGGGAGCAGCGGCGGCGGCAUGGCUUCGGCGCGCUGGUUCUCCCCAGACUGGAGAUCAUGGUCGUCGUCCUGGCAAUGCCGUGCGUUGCCCAGGCAGCGGCGGCGCUCAUCAGGGGCGGGACCACGUGCGGCCUGGUGAUAGGGAUCGUGCUCACCGCCGUCCUGACUUCGUUCCUGGUGGGCCUGCUGCUGUUUCUGUCGCUGGGCAUCACCAUGGGCAGGCUGCUGCUGUACAAGGAGGUGCGCCAGGAGGGGCAGGAGUACGACCACUGGUACCAGGAGCUGGUCCGCCGCACGCUGGGACCCGGCAAGCGCGGGCAGUGGACGUGGAAGGACCCGCGCCGCGCCGCCUGCCUGCCCAAGCUCGGCCCGCUCUUCGAGGACCUGCGCGGCCCGCCCAAGCACAUACUGACGCCGAUCGCCGCGCACGGCGGCGGAGGCGGCAAGCGCCGCGCUGCAGGCGGUGGACCAGAGCGGAUGAUCACGUCGGAAGACGAGAACGAGGACUCGGAGGCGCCCUUCACCUUCAUCCAGAAGCUCUUCGGCGUGCUCCGCAUCUAUUUCACGCUGCUGGAGUCGGUGAAGCGCGUGGCGGUGGGCAUCGUGGCCGGCGCGCACGCGUCGUCGGGGCGGUCGUCGCGCGCGGAAGCCGUGGCGGUGCUGUCCGUCGCCUCGUUCCAGCUCUUCUUCAUGCUGCUCAAGAAGCCCUUCAUCAAGAAGCGGGUUCAGCUGGUGGAGAUCCUGUCGGUGGCCAGCGAGGUGGCCGUGUUCGCGGCGUGCCUGGCGCUGAUCGACAGGACGUCGGCGGCGAGCGGCGGCGGCGGGUGGCUGCCCGACGGAGAGGCCCGCGGCGUGGGGCUGGCGAUGUUGGGCGCCUUCGUACUGGGGUUCGCGGCGCAGGUGUGCAACGAGUGGAACGCGCUGUACCGGCAGGCGCGGCUGCUGAGCGCCGACCGGAGCUCGUUCCUGGACGGCGCCAAGACGGCGUGCCUGGGCCUGCUGCUGCUCGUGCUGCCUUCGUCGGCCCUCGGCGAGCGGGUGGCGGUGAAGCACCAGCAGGACCCGCCACCUCCGGACGGCGGUGGAGCCGGGGAGAGCGUGUCGGCGUCGACGGAGACCGAUGGGGGCAGGGGCGGGAGUUCCCGGGGCUCCAACAACGAGCGGUGGUGGCUUCGGCAGCUGCGGGAGAUGGCGAAGGCUAGCUUCAGCAAGGAGGGCAAUGCGGUCCCGGGCGGCGCCGGUGCCGGCAAGGAGGAGGCGUCGACCAGCGGCAGCAAGGCGAGGAGUGGGGAGUGGAAGUCCAAGUCCAAGAACCUCUACAACGAUCUCGAGGCCAUCUUCUCCAACACCAGCAGGUGAUCCGGUCCAUCUAUUUUCGAACGUCCGAUCUUAAUCCGACGGAUGAGCAUGCAGGUCCACCUCACCUAGAUGUACUGUAUGUAUCUUCUUAAAUCUCCUUUUUUUUCAGUACGAGAAGAUGGAGUAUAUAGGUAAAGAUUACAAAAUUUUACUGGUGAAACAAUGGGUAAAGUUUUCUUUGCCCUUGAGGGCAUGUGCCCUCACUCUCCUACCCAUUGGAUUCGCUUUGAGAAGUGUGCAAACACACAUAUCAAUGCAUUGAGAUGUGUGUUUGCACACUUCUCAAUCGAAUCCAAUGGGUGAGAGAGUGAGGGCAUAUGCCCUUAAGGGCAAAAAAACCGCGUCCUGAAACAAUGAGCUUAUUAGGCUCUGUUUGAUUCAUUAUCGGUUAAUAGUUAGCUGUUUAAUAGCUCCUAUCUAAUAUUACCUAGCUAACUAGUAGCUGAAGGGUGUUUGGAUACAGCUAAUGAAAAUGCUACUAAGAUUACUAUGAGCUA